AUGCAACUUUAUGCAUUUGACUUUACAGCGUAUUUAACAGUGCGGCAGUCUCUUAACAGCUGCCGCUGUUAUUGCAACUUUGACGAUUUAAGCAAAGUUAAAAGUGUGGCAAUUAAUUGCCUUUAAAACUUGAUUAGUAGGCUGAAGCUAAUUUUAUGUAUUGCUAAAAUUCUUGUUUGAACUUUGUGCCUUGCUCUAAAAAUUUAGCAGUUGCUAGUAAAGUCAACAUUUGAAGUUAACAGUCAAAGUACAUUAGUUGCAGCUUCAGCGGGUUGCAUGCAGUUACAAAUUUGCGGGCUUUAAAUAUACUAUUUAAUUGUAUUGUUUUAAACAGUUGCGAUUGUGUCUUUAAUAUGCGUUUUGAUAAUGCUGCUACUGUUGCUGAUAGUAAGCGCUUUGUUGCUAUUGCUAAUACGCAGUGUGGGUCAACUAUUGCUGCUGGAACGACGACAGCGCCAGCAGCUGCUAUGUGUGGCGCCCAAUGUAUCGCGAGUGCCACUGAUUGGCGCACUCUGGCAGAUGCGCGACUUUCAGCCGGAUAAUUUGCAUGUGAAGUUUGCCGAAUAUGUGCGGCUUUACGGACGCAGUUUUGUGGCCACCGUUUGCGGCCGAAUUAUGCUGGUAACCGCUGAUCCUAGUCUGGUGAAUGCAUUGCUGCUAAGUCAGCAGCAGCUGCGCAAGAGCAUUGUAUAUGGCGCACUCAGCAGUUGGCUGGGCAAUGGUCUGCUGCUAAGUCGGGGUGCGGCAUGGCAUACAAUGCGUAAAUUAAUAACGCCCACAUUUCACUUCAGCAUACUGGAGCAGUACAUUGAGGUGUUCGACAGGCAGUGCAAUGUGCUGAUUGAGCAGCUGCAGCAGCGGCAGCAGCAGGAUGACAACUGUCAACAGUCGCUCAAUAUAUAUCCCUAUAUGUGUUUAGCAACGCUGGACAUUAUUGUUGAGGCAGCCAUGGGUGUGAGCAUCAAUGCGCAGCAGGAUAUGGACUCGCCAGUGGUGCAGGCUGUCAAGGAUGUUACCAAUAUUCUGGCCACACGCUUUAUGCGUCCACAUUUGCUGCCUCCGUUGCUGUUUCGUCUCUGCUGGCGCAGUGGUUAUCAGAAGCAGCGCGCCGGCAUACGCCGCCUGCAUAACUUUACCGAGCAGCUUAUAAAUCGACGUCGCCAGCUGUUGCAGCAACAGCAACAAUUGGAAGAGCCGCUAACGCUCAACAGGCGCACUGCCCUCUUGGACACGUUACUACAGGCGCGUGUGGAAGGCGUCGCUUUAACAGAUUCUCAGAUACGUGAUGAGGUGAGCACAUUCAUCUUUGAGGGCCAUGACACGACCACAUCUGCUGCAUCCUGUUGUCUGUAUCUGCUGUCGCGACAUGCAGCAGUGCAGCAACGACUGUUUCAAGAGCUGCAGGCGCACUUCGGCGACAAUAUGCAACGUGCUGUGGUUUAUGCAGACUUCGCGGCGCUCAACUAUUUACACUGCGUGGUCAAGGAGUCAUUGCGUCUUUAUCCGCCCAUACCAGCUGUGGGACGCUGUCUGGAAAAGGAUUUACCUCUCGCUAAUGGCGCUCAAGUUCCAGCUGGUAGUAAUGUCAUUGUGCUGCUCUGGCAACUGCUGCGAGAUGAGCAGGUGUAUCAGCAGCCGAUGCGCUUUUGGCCCGAGCGUCAUUUAGACACUGAAACGAGUUACAGUUAUCUGCCCUUUAGUGCGGGUCCACGGAAUUGUAUUGGCCAACGCUUUGCCUUGUACGAACUGAAGACAAUUGUUAUCAAAAUGCUGCGUCAUUUUGAAUUGUUGCCGCUGGGCGCUGAGCUGCAGCCGUCGAUUAAAAUAGUCCUGCGCUCAAGCACGGGAGUCAACUUGGGCUUAAAAGCACGUAUUUAUAAGUGAUGCCAGUGAUGAGAUCCUGGUUCAUGGUUCCGGUUCACUUUACUAUAAUAA